UUCUGCAAUAAUAUUUAAUUAUCAUUACAUUCUUAUUUUAUUCGCUUAAUUCGUUCGACAAUAGUAUUCAAUCAUCCUCAUUUACAUUAUUUGAUCAAUUUUUUAUGUACUUUUAAUACUAUCUAUUUAUAUUCAAAAAAACAUAUUCACAUGGCUUCCGCAGGUAGUUCAGUGAACGCUGAAGCAGCAUCCCAAUUCUGGACAUACUUCCAAUCGCAAAAACAAACAAUCCUCGGUGAAUCCGCCAAAUCCCACGAUAUAUCCCAUCUUAUACGCGAAUUAGACAGCAAACUGCGCGAAGCCUUUAUAUAUCUUCCACCGUACGACCAAAAACAAUUUACAAAAGACAUUGAUGUACUACGCGCACUCUUACAUAAAAAACACACGACAUUGGGAAAUAAUAAUGUUGGAAAUGGGGGAGGUGGUGGUAAAAGUGGGUUCAAGUUUAAAUCGGCUUCUGCUGUUAGCCGAUCGACCAUAGUGCGUCCGCCUGCGGUUAUAAAGAGUGAGCGUUUAGUUACGCCUGAUAGAGGCAACGGCACCGACAGCGGCGGCAGUGGUGGAGGUGGUAGUGGGGAGGAGGGAUCAUUUGUGUUUAGUGGAAUUGACAGCAAAUGGAUUGUGGCCAGUCCUUGUAGCAACAAUAGCGUGCAAACAGAUUGCGAACUACAGGAUAUAUCCAACAGUAUCGUGGACUUACGCCCGAUCAGCAAUACCCUGCGAGCGCUGAAUUGCCACCGGAUAACAAACACUCUUAUAAUCUGCCAUGCCUUAGCGGGCUCCGCCACCAUUCGAGACUCCCACCGAUGCACAGUAGUCCUAGGAGUGAGGCAGUUUCGAUUGGAGAACUCUGAGCUUGUCCAUGUGCUUUUGCAUUGCGUGAGUCAUCCGAUUAUUGAACGGUCAAAGGGUGUGCGGUUUGCGGAGUUUCCUAGCGUGUUACAGUCGGAGUCUAUGAUUCAUGGGAUGGAUGUGGCUGGGUUGCGUGGGUUGGAGAAUAUGUUUGAUAGGGUGGAUGAUUUCAAUUGGCUUAGGAGGCAGGCGUCGCCGAACUGGCGCGUCCAUGCGGGGAUGGCCGACGACGGGAUGUGGUCGCUGGUCGAUGACGAAAGCAAGCCGCGCGAACGCGUGCUCGAUGGACUGCUUCCUCAAGUUGAAUCCUCGGCAAACUGAUGCAUGCAUUGCUCUAGUAUAUCAAUUGGAUUGA